AGCUGUGUGCGUGUGUAAAAUAAACGUGAAAUUGUCUCGUGGCCCUCUUGGGCGGCAGCGGCAGUCUUAUCUCUCUCUCUCUUUCUCAGUUCCGUAAUCGUUAGAUCCGCGGCUAGACGUUGUGCGUGCAGCUCUCAGGUGCGCGAAGUGAACAGCGUUGUGUCGCCGAAGAAUGAAAAGCUCCUGGAAGCAGCAGUAGCAGAUCGGCUAGCAUCUCUCUCUCUCUCCCUCUCUCUUGUGUCCUUGACUGGCGCCUGCGAGACUGCAGCAGAGAUGCGACCCCUCUGAUAUAUCGGUACGCACACGUACACACCGGACAACCCGGGGCCAUGUCCAGCAGCGAGAAGAGCCGGCCAGCGCAGCAGCAGCUCUUGCCCGAGCUCGCCGAUCUUGGCAAGCCAGUGAAGCUGCAACGCGGACGCCUGCAACAGCAGCAGCAGCAGGGACGCAACUGCGCGAGAUGCGGAUCGGUCUUUGGUAGGUUCUACAACACCGGAGCGGCCUGUCCUCGCUGCAGGCUCAGAGUCUGCCGGCAGUGUCGCGAGUCUCUUUCCACUGCUGCCUCUCCGCAGAACAACAACCUCGGCAGCAACGACUGGCUCUGUAACGUCUGCCACAGGAUCCAGGACCUGCGAUGUCCGGUGCAAGCGGCCGACUCCAGACGAGGCACCAAGAGGGAGCACUACCUCACGGCGUUGAAUAUACUCAAGUACAGCAUACGUCGGGCUUGGACGAUUAACGGACCCCCAGGUCGAUGGUCAGCCUCUCGCAAAUCGACGGAAUUCCGGCUCUACCGCAGUCUGCCAGUACGUCGUCGCUCACCUCUGAUAAUCGACGAGCUCAACACCAGCAACACUGUGAAGAGGUCCAUAACGCACGAGUCCUUCAUCAAGCCGCCUAGAGUAGUCAGCACCAGUUGUAAAACUACACCGCAGAAGCCCAGCCAUGAGCAACAGCAGCAGCAGCAGCAACCGAAGAAGUCGAGCAUCCCGGUGUUCCGCAACCGGAGCUCCAGGGAGUUCGAGGACAUCCGUGGACCCAACGAGACGCCCAAACGCUCCCUGAUACCCCAAAGGUAUCGCGGGAGCACGGACGACUUGCGCCGCAGCCGCGAGGACAUCAGUAUUCCGAGCUUUAUACCAAAGCUGCUGUCUCCGCGAAAUAAGGAGGACGCUGCGCGCGCCAAUUCUCAGCAAAAUCCGCAAGAGACCCUGCCACCUCCGACACCCGCUGGCAGGACGAGGCGCGACACUCGAGAAGAGACUGCAGCGUUUGCGGAGCCGAAGAUGCUCGACGAGUCGCCGUCGAUUCAACAACGGCAGCGCCAGCAGGAGCGAAAGGAAGUGCUAUCGAAUGUGCCAGUGAGACCGUCCUCGGGGGAGAUCGAGAACGACGGCCGCCCUCGAAUCGAGGCGAACCGAGACAUGAGUCUCGAACGACAAGUGGAUAGUAAACAGGAGCUGUCGGAGGCAACGAUGUUAGCUAAGAAGAUCGACGAGCCUCCGGACGUCGAGGUGAGGAAGAAACUAUCCAAGGAGGAACUGUCGAACGACGAAACCGACGAAGCCCACCGACCGAGUUCCAGCCAUCUUUCACCGGAAGCUAGUCCCUUGAGCACCAGAUCGUCAAAGUACAGUCCCCGGGAGAGCGAGAGCGAGCCGACUCCGGCCUUGCCUCGCAAAACCACGGGCGACCGAGGCGAAUCGAGCUCAGCUUCACAACGAAUUCGCGAUGCCAUUACCAGGACUCGCAGAGAGUCCAACAGCAGUGCCAAAUACGAGAGCAGUGGGAGCGAGGGUGUAAGUAGACUGGGCGACUCGAGUUUAUCGAGCUAUGUGGACAUUGCUCGGCGCGUCAAGCUAUACGGCAGCUGUGGAUCCUUAGGACCAUCCACUGGCAGCUGCGACGAGGUACCGCAGCGCGACAGCGCAACCAGCGCCGGCGAGGACGAGCACGAGGACCACUCGCGCGGCAGCCAAAGCUCGCAGAGCCGCAUGAUGCUGAGGCGCCGUCGGCAAUUCGACGCACAAGGUUCUCGAAGACGAGGCAGCAGGUCUCACCUAGCGCGCAGUUGUUGCGCGGGGCCGGAAGAGCUGCCGGCGGCGUUGCAGCAGGUCGUCGCUGAGGAGGCAUCGCUGCUCGACUAUCGACGACUGGUCUUUAUCAGCUCGGACUCGUCCUCGGGCCGCGAGGAGGACGAUGCCGAUAGCAGCUGCUCCGGCUCCUCUUAUCUGAACAACAAUGCCGUUGCAAAUGAGCAACAGCAGACGAGUGGUAUCGAGGACUGCGACUGGGACUACUUCGAGAGCAACUCGCUUAAGCUGCCGCAGAUCAGAGGUGGACCUAAUCAGGCGAACCAGGAUUGGAGCUGCUGUCCAGCGAGACCGACGAAUACGCACAGCAGUCUGUCGUCCAUUGGUUGUUGCCAGGCUUGCGGUGGAUCGAGGAACGCCAAGGUGCUGCCUGUUCCCGUGCCGAUACCUGUGCCAGUGCCGUAUCCCGUGCCAGUGCCAGCUUCUCUGUGGACCGGUAACGAGUCGUUGUCACCCUUGCCGUUGCCGCUUAGCUUGCGAGGAGCUGCGGUGUGUGAUCCUGGAGCGGCUGCCGCUGCCGCUGCAGCGUCGUGGUUCUCCUGGAAUCCACGAUUCGAUCCAUCGAGUUUGUUAUUAUCACAAGCUCAGCCUCACUUCUUUACCAGAGAGCUUUCUGCUAACUUGCGUGAACCUCUUCGCAGAUCGAACGAGCCAGAACAAGUGCAGCAGGAGACGAACAAGUGCCAAAAGAACUCUACAGAGCCAUUAGAAUUAACGAAGCCGCCCGUCGAAGACGAGCAAAAGCGUCAAGAAGUUCAAGAAGAAAAAGGAGAGAAAGAACAGGACGAAGAAGUAGAACAAGCAGCAGGAUCAGCAGAAGUGGAAGAAGAUCAAAAGCAAGAGCAGAGAAUGUUUCGUCACUCCCAGGAGCAGGACUCUCGCAGCUCAUCUGGUCGCUCGUCUGCCGACAGCAGCGACCUCGAGGAUUCGGCGUCGCAUCGGUUUUCGCGCGUGCUCGUGGUCAACGACGACUCGCUCACCAGCGAUAAUGACAUCGAGGACAACGAGGACUCCGACUCGGCUCGCGAGGGUCAACCCAUCAUUUUGCGCCGGGUGAGCGUGCUAGCGGAGCAGGAUCAACAGAAGGAGGCCGACGAUUCGGUCGUUCUACGCCAGAUUCGACACAUCGAUGAGGACGACAAGCUGGAGGCCGAAGAGGAGAAGUCGUCCGAGGACAGCUCCUCGCUGGAAGACGAACAGCCGCAGCAUCAGCAUCAUUCAAAGAAUCGGUAUUGCGUGAGCGAUCGCCAGGAGAUUGCCAGCUACGACGAAAUCUAUCUCGCGAGCAGUCAGGACAACGACGACAAUAUCGUGCUGCUCAAAUCCAUCAAGUCGAUCGAUCCUGAAAACACGGCAGGUCGCUCCAAUUCACCUGUCCGUAGGAAUUUCUCCACAGUAGGGCAGUACAGAGCCUUUCCUAAACAACAACAGCAACAACCGGAUCCAGCGGAUCCUGAGGACGAAAGCAAGAGUCUAAGCGAGAUAGAUGAGUCAUCGAACGACUCAGCUGUGAUGCCCGACUCGCUGGAGGUGAGCAUGCAGGAUCUCGAGGAUAGCAUAGAAUCUCGCGAUGUCGGAGGAGCGCUGCUGGCGGCACCGAGCGCGGUAGAGGGGACGCUACAGGAGGGGCAGCCUCUACCACCGCCGCGACUGCAGAGAGAAGAGGGGGAGAGCAAGUGCAGCUCGAGUCCCAGUUCGAGUGAGAGUAGCAGCAACGCCGGCGCGCUCAGUAGUAGCGACGAGCUGCACGAGUACAGCUUGACGCCGCCGCGCGUCUCGACGGAGCAGCAGCAGCAGCAGCAGGGCGGCAGCAGCCAGCAGCUCUCGGAGAGCAGCGCAGCCUUGAUGGCAAAAUCGCGCAAGAAAUGGCAGAUUCCAGCAAGCUUCGACAUCAAGGGCUUGCCCAGCACGCACUUCUUGCCACCGGAGCGCAAGAAGAGCACGUCCCACAGUUCGUUGCUGAGCGCAGCGGUCGAUGCCGCCGACGAGCUACAGCCCGAAGACGAAGAGAACGCGAACGCCAGUCCUGCUGCUGCUAGCAUCGUCCCCGCGAGUGACGAAGCCUUGGAGAGUCUCGAAGAUGAAAACGAUGAGCUGCUGCCGCGGCAGCCGUCGGAAAGCAUGACGACAGCCCGUGGCGCGCAUGACGAAAGCAGCGCCAGCACCGAGCGAGUGAGAGGCAGCGAGUCAACGGAGCAGGUGGGAGGAAGCGGCGAGGAUCGCUCGUGGUAUCGCGCGCCAGUCGAGCGACGCACGCCCACUCGGAAGGAAGAGAAUAACAGUUGUGUCGACGAGAAGGAGGAAGAGGAGGAGGGAGAGGAUGAGGACGAUGACUGCUUGCCCUCCUUCCCGAAGGUCCGCCGCGACUGGGUAGCUCCCAAAGUCGGCAAUCUGAGCCUUAACCACCUCAACAAUGUCAACAACAACAUCGCCGCCGCAGGUGUCAACAACAGUCAUCUCCAGGCCAAUAACAACAAAUACAGGAGCCUCGUCAUGAUAACGCAGGCGGCUUAUCAGCCGGUUAACGUUAUCACUUCGGACACGACGACGCUGCUGCAGCCCCAGCCUCACGAGCAGUCACGAUACUUUCAGCAGUUCGCUGCAGCCGACGCGAACCAGGAAGCUGUCGCACGAAAAAAUGGCGCACAAGGUCUGUCGAAAAGGCCUCUACCGUGCAAGCGCCUUCUCCCGGAGCCAGAGGUGGACAGCGGUCUCAGCGUAGGAAGUGCCAGCGAGAGCGACGACGUGCAAUCCGUGAAAAAUGCCACGAAACAACAGCAAGCCAACUCUCGCAGCCCGAAAUUUUUCUGCAGCCGCGAGGAAAACCCUCCUACCGCACCUCAGCCAGUCGUCGAAGAAUACAGCUAUACGAGCGGCGAGGCGAGACGGGGCGGUCCGCUUAUUCUCGAGGAGGGUCUGGCCGACGAUGAUUCGUGGGUGGAGGAGAUCUCGCACGACGAGGACGAGCAGAGCGCGACAACCGGCACCGAAGAGAGCUCCGAAGACGAAUCCGGUAACAAUCUUGGAGGCGAUCGCGAGGAGGAGCUGCGUGGCUACCAUCGACAGGCCAUCGAUUUCACUUUGCACACAAUCCUCGAAGAGUCCUGUGAGGAGAGCGAGAGCGAACAAGUGGCUGCGAGUUGGCGAAGGCACCAGCUAGUUUCAGCCUCGGCACCUGAUCUCGACAAGUAUCUCUUCUUCGGACUCGGAGGCUCGGACAACGGGGACGUCGAUAGUCUCUCCGAAAGUUCUAGUAUUCUAUCCGAGGGUCUGGAUUCGCUGUCACGAGAAAGAGCUUCGACACCGCAGAACAACGCCUCGGCGCAAGAGAAAACGUCGGAUUCUCCGAGCAGCCGCUUGGAGAAGUAUUUCCUGUCAGAUUUUCUCGGUGGUGAACAGGAUAGGCGAGAUUCGGACGGUUCGGUAGGCAGUGAUUCGGAAGGUAGACCCAGUCCCGAGGCACAGAGAAGAAAACGGUUGGUACGCGCACGUGGUACUGGUCGGUCUCACAGCUCGUCCUUGGAUAAUUUGUUGGCAUUGGCUCACGGCUCACAACAAAAUCACAGCUCGGGUUCGCACCAGAGUCUGCAAGACGUCGCCGCCGAUGGACAGGAGUCUCAGUCGGAAGCUAGCUCCACAGAGACUGACUGUGCUGAGGAGAUAGGAAGUAACGGAUUACCGAUCGCUGCAGACGGCCAGUUUGAUACCGUCAAACGAAAGAAGAAGAAGCUGAGGAGCAACGCCCAGAGCCCAAGGGUAAGCGAAGAUCGAAACAAGACUCCUGAGCCGGAAGAUGAACCGACGGCCAGUCGAUCGGACGAGGAUGGCGUCAAGACACCACAGCCAGAGUUGCUUGCCGAGGACGAGUCAACUGCUGCGGCUGCGGCUGAGGUUGUUGACGCCGCUGCCGUCGUCGCUGCACCUGUUAACGCCUCCGGUCUAGAUUCGUCCUCGAGCAACAGGCCUAAACAACAGUCGAGAGACUCAGGCUUCGUGGGUAGCUGCGACGAUCUGCUACUGCAACAACCAGCAAGACAACAAGGCAAUGUUUCAGAGGUUACUCCGAAGGCAAUGGAGGGUAAUUCGGCCAGCGAUACGGCUCACACCAAAGACCACCAUCAGAAUUAUCACUACCACAUGGAGCGAACCGAACGAUUGUUGUUCAGCGACGAUCGCAACGGAGAAGAGCGCGUGGAGAUCACUCAGCGAGAAGAGUACAGUGCUAGUGGUAGCUAUCGGUUCCGAGACCGACUCAACAAAGUUCCGGAUCUGGAGGUGCACCAGCCGGGCGCCGGUGGGCUCUCGCGCAAGGACAGCUUCAACAACUGGUCUAGCGACGAGGAGACGAAUCUCAUGAUGUCAAAGAUGCGCCAGUUCUUCAAGACUAUGGUGGCCAACUCUAAUAAUAACGCGAACCAGCAGCAACAGCAGCAGCAACAGGGCCAGACGUUGACAGCAGGUAGUGCGGCAUCAAGCACGACAUCCUCUGCCCCGAGUCCCAGUCCACGACUAUCGGGUUACCCGAAGGCUCGGGCUGGUUACAACAGCCAGUCGCAUCGCACGAAGCCGCCACAGUUAGUUUACUUCGAGAACGAGCUCACUCGGCUGAUGAAGACGGUACCAGGUAUCAGGGAUGAACAAGUGCGUGAGAUCGUAGAGUAUCUCAGCAGUGAGGACACUUGGUCGGACUCGUACGAUAGCUCGGACUACACGAGCUCGGAUUUGGAAGGAGCGACAGCAGGUGGCAGGCGUUCGGCUCUACAGGAGCAGAUCUCGCAGAGCUGUCAGCAGAUCAUCAACAAGUUCGAUACGACCACCUCACAGCAGCAGCAGCAUCACGCAGCAGCCGUCUCCGCGGAAGACUCGCGAACGUCAUCGUUGGCCGAUGGCAAAGAUGGUACACCGGCCUCGUCGACAGCACAGCAGGAAACGCAGCAUCACUAUCAACAGCAGCAGCAAGGCAAAGACACCGCUUUCGUUUAUCAAAAGCUCGUGCAGAGCUUCACGAAGAUGGCAGGUCAUGAAAAUAAUGUAGCUAACAGCGACGCAAGCUCAACAACGCCUCACAGCAGUCCACCUCUGAUCGCCAAGGUAAUGCAUCACAUCGGAAGUCGGCUCGUCGCUCUCAUGCACGAAGUCUCGGAGAGCAACUCCUCGAGUGCUGGCGCCGGUUAUACGCAUGGCUCCUCCGGCGUUGGCUGGAGCAGGAGAUACCCCCAUCAUCGAACACCCUCGUCGGCAUCCACGACAGAGGACGACGACUCGACCUCAGAUUCCGCAAGCGCACCUCUGCAGCAGUUACCGCGCUCGAAAUCGCACGACCCUCUGCUUCUAAUAAACAACAGCCAGGCGAACAACGUGGGCAGCAGCUCGGUGUUGACGAGCAUGCCACCAGAAGCAGAAGAGCGCGAGGCAAGCGACUACGAACGUUUCUCUUGGCGCGGCAGCUUCGAAUCUGCCCUCAUGGCUGCGGACUCGCGCACUAAACUCAGCCUUUUGGCUUGCUCCGGGGGUGACGUGAGUGCCUCGGCCAUGGCUGCGAAGCGUCGCAGUGCCGGUGACCUCUUGUUCAACCCCAAGAGCUUCUCCAGAGAACAGCUCGACAGGGUUCGCAGUUGCGGUUCUAUCGGUGGAGGAACCAUUGGAGCUAGUGGUAAUACCGUGCUCGCGGGAGGUUCGAUCGAAGAAAAGAUUUGGAGCAAUCGGCGGAGAUCGUCGGUACCCGAUGCUCAUAAUAGGGGAGAGUCAGGUGCCUCGGCGGGAGACGAAGACACGGAAGAUGAGGAGGACGACGAUCUGGAGUACAACGGUCAUCCAGGCGACUCUCGCGCAACGACCCUACCACGAGGAAUGCAGAUGGCCACAGCAGCCGCCGCAACGAAUUCCUUACCUCGACAGAGUGGUUCCUCAGCGAACAUGCACAAGGCCCACAGUGUCUACCACUUCCUACCUCAGCAGAGUGCCGGCGUCAAGUCAGCGCGAUACAGGCCGCCAGGCUUCAACAGGAAUAGCUCGAGCACGGCUGCGAGUCUGCCGCAAGGUGGGCCUAAGAGGGCUUUCAGUGCACCUGGCCUGCAGCUCCAGUCAAGAUCGAGAAGACAUCAGCAGGGUCUGGGUCACGGUCAGGCCGGCGCCAAUGCAUCGUCCAGCGCUAAUGUAUCUGGCAGUGCAUCCAUCUCUGCUUCUGGCUCGACAGGAGACGAGGCGAGCAGUCUGUCGGAGGCAUGCAGCACACCGAUAAUAGGUGCGAGCUCGCGUCACGUUACAUCGAGUCAUCAUGCGAGCAUGGACCUCAUGGACGACAUCGACCGAGGCAUGCACUCGACGCAUCUCACGAGAGCUUCCCUCUCCAGCUUAGGGGCUCGAUCGGACUCGAUGGCAUCGGUGUACAGUGGAGCCGGAGAAGGCCGCUGGUGCGGCUCGGUUGCCGUACGUGGCGAGGUCGAGUUUUCACUGCAGUACGACUACAAACAACUGACCUUCGAGGUUCACGUAACUCAGUGCAGGGACCUGGCGCCAGUCGAUGUCAAACGCAACCGAUCCGAUCCAUACGUCAAGGUUUACCUGCUACCCGACAAAUCGAAAAGCGGAAAACGAAAGACGAAGGUUAAGAAGCACACUCUUAAUCCUGUCUUUGAUGAAACACUCAAGUUCCACACGAGUCUCAACAGUCUCGAAUCGCGAACACUCUGGCUGACUGUCUGGCACUCGGACAUGUUCGGUCGCAACGAUUUUCUCGGUGAGGUACGAAUGCCUCUUGAAAACAAAAUCUUCGACGAUCCUCGGCCACAGUGGUAUCCUCUGCAAGAAAGGACCGAGCCUUUCGACGACCCGAUAGCGUAUAAGGGUGAGGUCAUAGUCGGUCUCAAAUUCGUGCCGCCAGAUCCGGCGCGACAAGACCGAGACCGCGGAGAUAGCGCAACGAACAAACUCAAGAAGAGUUGGAGCAGGGGCGCGCUCCACGUGCUCGUCAAGGAGGCGAGAAAUCUACAGACGCGCGCCAAGAACUCCGGUACCUGUGAUCCCUUCUGCAAGAGUUAUCUGCUUCCGGACAAGGGACGUUCGAGCAAGCAGAAGACGGCGGUCGUUAGGCGAUCGACUGGUUCACCUGUUUGGAAUCACACUUUCGUAUAUAAAGAUGUUAGUCUUCAAGAACUCGCCGAUCGAGGUCUUGAGCUCACAGUUUGGGACCAUGACCGGAUAGCGAGCAACGAGUUCCUCGGAGGCGUGCGCUUCAAUCUUGGUACCGGCAAACAUUACGGCAAAGCAGUAGAUUGGAUGGAUGCUACUGGCCGCGAAAUGUCUCUUUGGCAGAACAUGCUCGAGCGACCGAACUUUUGGGUGGAAGGCGCCGUAACACUCAGGCCGAAUUUGCAUAAUCACGUGAAGUCCGGUGCUUCCUAGGGGAUACUGAAUUUCCGGAAUAUCGUAAGCGCCGAUUGAGAACAAAAAGAAAGUGCCUUUAGCAUGUACAUUUGUAAUUUAGAGAUUAUUCAAUUUGUCGUAAAGUCGAUUCCUUUUAUAACAGAUAUCGUUCGUUCGUCGUUUAUGUACUCUCUGUUAUUUCUCCUAGGAGCUCCUUUUUACGAGUAUAUGUGUUACACUUAGAUUAUCAGGAACAGGUUACUUAAGCAAUGAGCUAACUUAAAGAAGAAUAAACUUUUAUUUCGAUAUUUAUUCAAAAAUAUUUACACUUAACUUACAAGCUAUUUUGUAUUUCUUAUAAUAUUUUACAAAAAUUGGCUUCUUUUAUAUAGACACAAAUGCAUACACAUGUACGGGGAAAAGCCAAAUGCCAAAUAGCCGCACUUUUAUGCUUUUAAUGUUUCUUAACACAAAAAUCACCCAUCUCGUUUAUAUACAUUCUUCGUGGCCAAAAGUACUUUGUAAAAAACGAAAUACGAUCACUGUUAAGUCGUAAUCUGCGAACAGUUUUCUCUCACGGCGAGAACAACAUGCUUCCAAUUUUUGUAAAACCGGCGUAAGGUAGCAUUUCACGAAGCAACUUCACGUCAGCCAAUGUUAAUGGUGAUCGGUGUGUUUGAGCGAUUAAAUACGUUAGAUUAUCGAUUUGAUAAACCUAUAUAUAUAUAUGUAUAAUUCAGAAAACUAUAUGUUAUAUAUAAAUAUACAAAUUUACGAUUGCGAAAGAAUUGAUUGCGUAUACGGAGGAAGAAUUAAACUAUCAAGUUCGGUAUUAGAGUAUUAAAGAGUAGCAAAAGAGUGAGUAAUAAAAAUAAAUGUUUCUUCGCGCGCGAUUCGAAGAGGCGUAAGGCUGAUGUACUUAGACAGAUGCAUAGUACUUAAGCGACGUUUCUUCUUUAAGAAGACUCAACUUGAUCAACUUGAUAAAAUACUAGGAUUUUAAUUAGCGUAUACCUAUAAGUUGAUAAUAAAAAUCAAUUAUACAUGAUAUAAAAAAAAAAAAUAUACAUGAAAACAACAGGGUGAUCAGUUCGGGCUAAUGAUACUGCCUCCAAGAUGAAUUUCUCGAAACGGUUCGUACGUGAUCUGUGCGCGUAUGUGCAAUAUGUAUGCAUACAUAUAAGUUCUUAUAGUAUUUACAUUACAUGAUUUGUUGUCACACGUGCAAACUUGGCUCGUUAGCACGAUGAGAAAACUGUGUUACAAAGGACCAAAUGCAAUCUAUAUUUCCUCGAACAGGUGUAGCGGGUGAGCUCGAGUGCAAUUGUCGUCCUUUUGUCGUAUAUGCAUUCCUAUUUCUGCAAGGGAACGAGAUGAUAUAUAGAUAGAUAGAAAUUAUACAUAGAUAGAUAUAUAUGAGCGAAAUUAAAGAGAUCUAUUUAUACUUGAAUAUUAGCGAUGUACAUGAAAAUAAAUUCUUUUUUCUACCUUGA